GUAAAAAACUAUGAGACCUACAAGAAAGUUGGUGAGAAGCCCAAUGUCAACAAAGAGUUUGACCAGACAUAAUUCCAGCAGUGGACUCCCACUUAUUUCUAAGAAGAGUGUAAUAAGGAUAAACCGGAAAAAGGUUCAGCAAGAAGUCCAACAUAAAAAGAGCAACAUUCCUUCAUUCUUGUCAAGAGUGAAGCUUAUCAAGCCAGUGAUUCUGAAUGAGAACAAGAUUGGUAUUCGUGAAAUUGGUGAAAAGAUUCAUGAGAACUAUACUAAGUUUAAUAAGUGGACCAUCAUUCGAGACUUACACAGUAUUAGUAUUAAAAAAUUCUUAUCUUAUAAUUCAACUGUGAUCGAGAUGGACGAAUUUACUUCCUUCAGUGCUCUAUCUGUUAAAGCGAAGAUUGAUGAAGCAAUGGAAAGGGGCACAUGGGUAACACUAUAUUAUCGAGAAACCCUAUGUUCUAUCAGUAAAUUGGUGAGAAAUAAUGUUAUUCCAGAAGAUAUUCUCAAGCCGGGAAGCCUCAUGAUGCCUUUUGAUGGUAGAUUUAGGCUCAUCUUUGUGUCUUCCAAAUUGGAGUACCCAAAAUCCAUGCUUGAUAGCUGUGUCCUUAUCGGAAUAGAAGAUGAAAAGCUUAAAAUUGAAAAACAAUUGACUAAAUUCAAACGAGUAAGAGGAAUAAAUAAAAAGGAUCCCAGCCAAAUGCAUAAAGAAAAUGAGUUCAUUGAAGCCUGAUUCGAAGGAGAGAUUGAAAAAGUUAAAGAGAUGCUCCAGAUUCCAUGGCUUAAUGCUAACACAAUGGAUCUUCAUAUGAACACAGCUUUAAUGGAGGCUGCUCUUAAAGGAAAUCUGAAUGUUUGAAAGCUGCUCAUAUCACAUAGUGAUGGCGAGGAGGUACAAGAAGCUCCUGAAGUUUCUACUGAGAUUCAUUGCCCUAAAAUUCCAAAUCUGAAAAAGCUGGAUAUCAAUGCUGUGAAUCCUGAUGGGAAGACAGCUCUUCAUAAGGCUGCGUAUAACGGAAGUGCCACCGUUAUCAAGUUGCUGUUACUAAACGGUGCAGAUCCUGAUAUAGUUGACUCAAAUGGAAACAAGCCAAUUAACUAUAUCAAUAAUCUGGAGGCUAAGUUCAUUAUGAAGAAAUGGAAGCCUGAAUGGGCUCAGAAGUAUAAAAUGAUGAACAACAUCAAAUCCUUUGAGAACCCAGACGAAAUCGAUGUCACACAACUUUCUAAGAAUAUGAAGAAGAAGCUACAGGAAUUCCUAGUAGAGAAAGCUAAGAAUGGGGAGUACACAAAGAUCUACAAUCUUAUAUCUAAAGGCAAAGCUACAAUAGAGACUAAAAAUUCUGAAGGCCAGUCUUUGCUUAGCCUGGCUGUUGUCUAUGGCCAUUUCGAUUGAGUUUAUAGGAUGCUGAAGGAUUUCAGCCCAAAUGUAAACUCUAAGGACUCUAAAGGCUGGACUCCAUUGAUGAACGCUGCUUAUAAUGGCCACUUGAGAAUAGCAAAACUUUUACUAUCUCAUGACGCAGAUAUUAACAUUAAAAAUGAUCAAAAUAUGAGGGCUUUAGAUCUAGCUCAAGGAACAGAAUUGAAGAACUAUUUAAUUCAAGAGACCAGAAAUGCUCAUAUUUAUGAUUUUGAACAGAUUCUUGAAUUGAGCAUGACAAACGCAUCUACAAAGAACAUUGCUUCGCUUUCAAGCUCAUAUAAAAUAGACCAUGAAGAGGAGGAAGGCAACAGAUCAUUAUUCGACAAGAUGAGCAAGGAGAAAAAGUCCAAGAAUAGACAAAAACAAAAGUCUGGAUUCAUGCAGUCUCCCAAUCUAAAAGCUAUCAAGAAGAAAAGUAGGGUAUUUUCAAGUGGGAAGUCCUCUACAUCAAACCUUCGUGUAAGAAGAGCCAUACAGAACCAGCGUCAGAGCAAUAUGAAGUCCCAGAGUAAACUCUCCACUAACCCUAGGUGAAAAAUUACCAACCUAAAGGCUAAGAAGAAGAGGUGGUGCUUUAGCCCAGAUAUUACAGCUAAAAACAGUCAUUUUCUACUCUUCGACCAUAUUUAG